CGGGAGCUGGCCGGGCCAUGCCAGCCGGAGCCCCCGGCGGCGCGGCAGCGUGCUCGGCGCGGCACCAUGGCCGCUGAGAACCGCUCGGCGGCGGGCGGCGGCGCGCCCUGGGCUGGGCUGCCCGAUUUCAUCUUCCAGAAGGAACUGUUUGCUGCCAGAGACACAGACUCCAUGCACAACCUUUCUGCUCAGCCCUGGCAGGCAAAGAUGGCCAACCUGACCUAUGACAACUUCACCCUGGGCAACCACUCCGAGGUGGCCAUCCAGCCUCCCACCAACUACAAGACAGUGGAACUGGUUUUCAUUGCCACAGUCACUGGCUCACUCAGCCUUGUCACCGUGGUGGGGAACAUCCUGGUGAUGCUCUCCAUCAAGGUGAACCGACAGCUCCAGACCGUCAACAACUACUUCCUCUUCAGCCUGGCCUGCGCGGACCUUAUCAUUGGGGUCUUCUCCAUGAACCUCUACACUGUCUACAUCAUCAAAGGCUACUGGCCGCUGGGGGCCGUGGUGUGUGACCUGUGGCUGGCUCUGGACUAUGUGGUGAGCAAUGCCUCUGUCAUGAACCUGCUCAUCAUCAGCUUUGACCGGUACUUCUGUGUCACCAAGCCCCUGACGUACCCUGCCAGGAGGACCACCAAGAUGGCAGGGCUGAUGAUUGCAGCUGCAUGGAUAUUGUCCUUCAUUCUCUGGGCCCCUGCCAUCUUGUUCUGGCAGUUCAUUGUGGGCAAGAGGACAGUCCCUGAGAGGGAAUGCUACAUCCAGUUCCUCUCCAACCCAGCAGUGACCUUUGGCACGGCCAUUGCUGCUUUCUACCUUCCUGUAGUCAUCAUGACAGUGCUGUACAUCCACAUCUCCCUGGCCAGCAGAAGCAGGGUGAGGAGACAUAAGCCUGAAAGCAGGAAAGAGAGGAAAGCCAAGUCCCUCAAGUUCCUCAAGGGCCCCCUGGUCAAACAGAACAAUAAUAACUCUCCCAAGAGGGCUGUGGAGGUGAAGGAGGAGGUGAGGAAUGGGAAAGUGGAUGACCAGCCAUCAGCACAGACAGAGGCCACUGGCCAUCAGGAAGAGAAGGAGACGUCUAAUGAGUCCAGCACUGUCAGUAUGACCCAGACCACAAAAGACAAACCUACGACAGAAAUCUUGCCAGCGGGGCAAGGACAAAGCCCGUCCCACCCACGGGUGAACCCAACUUCCAAGUGGUCCAAGAUUAAGAUCGUCACCAAGCAGACUGGGAGUGAAUGUGUCACUGCCAUUGAGAUCGUCCCAGCUAAGGCUGGAGCCUCUAACCACAACUCCCUGGCCAACAGCCGCCCAGCCAAUGUUGCCAGGAAGUUUGCUAGCAUUGCCAGAAGCCAAGUACGGAAGAAGCGCCAGAUGGCAGCCCGAGAGAAGAAAGUCACCCGUACCAUAUUUGCUAUCCUGCUAGCCUUCAUACUCACAUGGACUCCAUACAAUGUGAUGGUCCUCAUUAACACCUUCUGUGAGACCUGUGUACCUGAAACAGUGUGGUACAUUGGCUACUGGCUCUGCUAUGUCAAUAGCACCAUCAACCCAGCCUGCUAUGCCCUCUGCAAUGCCACUUUCAAGAAAACCUUCAAGCACCUUCUCAUGUGCCAGUACAGGAACAUUGGCACAGCCAGAUAAACUGGCACUCAGGGACCACUUCAGUAACAUUAUGGAAGCCCUUCCCUUUGCCUUCUUUGCCAGCAGGGGUUUCUCUGCUCCCCACUCACAACAGUGCAGAAUGUGCAGUGAUUGCAGAUGAUGCCCUUCAUCUAAUGCUGACAAAGAUCCAAGGCACCUCUGAGCUGCAAGU